AUGGCUUCAUUUCUGCGACAACUCAUUGCGAGCCCGCGGGCGUGGCACCCAGAGGCGGGCUUGGACCUUUGCUACGUGACGGACUUUAUCAUUGCAACAUCUGGCCCCUCGCAGACAUACCCCCAACUGGCCUACCGAACCCCUCUCGACCAGCUCGUUGCUUUCCUCGACUCAAAACACGGCGAUAAUUGGGCCAUCUGGGAAUUCCGUGCUGAAGGCACAGGAUACCCGGACGAAGCUGUCUACAAUCGGAUAUGGCAUUACCCAUGGCCCGACCAUCAUCCCCCGCCAUUCAGAUUGGUGCCGAUGAUAAUGGCGAGCAUGAGGAAUUGGCUGCACGGGGGGGAUGCGCCGGGCGGGACGUCUGCGGGGACGGAUAAAGGCAAGGCUGCGCAGCCAUUAUCGUCCAACCCGCCAAUGGGGAACGUUGCAAAGGAUUCAACCACAGAGCCGAUCAAGACCGAGAGAAAUAAGAAUCGAGUCGUGGUGGUGCACUGCAAAGCGGGCAAAGGGCGCAGCGGCACCGCCAGCUGCAGCUAUCUCAUUGCAGAGGAGGGUUGGAAGGCUGAAGAUGCGCUCACACAGUUCACGCAGCGUCGCAUGAGGCCUCAGUUUGGAGCUGGCGUAUCGAUUCCUUCGCAGCUACGAUGGGUCAAUUACGUCGACCGCUGGACAAAGGGCGGAAAGAAAUACACCGAUCGUCCAAUUGAGAUUGUUGAGAUUCACGUGUGGGGGCUUCGAAACGGUGUCAAAAUGGAGGUCGAAUGUUUCGUUGACGAAGGCAAGAAGAUUGAGACUGUGCACACCUUCUCAAAGGAAGAGAGGAUGGUGGUUGAAGCAGGUGCGCCUGAAGGCGGCGGCCUGACGGAGAUGAUGUGGGAUUUGGCAGGGUACUCGAGUCCAAAGGACAAGGACAAAGAGUCAGAAAGUUCAUCAAAUGGCGAACCCAAGAAGAAGGGCUCUCUUGACUCUCCAUCCUCGGCGCGAUCAAAUGACCCGUCGAUGGAGCAGCUUCUGCGACGGAAGAGCGCCAAGCUGAUCGAAAAAGUAUCACCGCCGGGAUCCCAUUCAAAAAUUGACAAAUUUCGAGCCAAGAUCAAUUCUAAUGAAAAGGCUCCUUCUCCGACAAUAUCCUCUCCAUCAGAGGUUCGCACAGAGGCUCCAGACGAAACAGAACCUGGUGGCAAAGCCGUCAUCAUGAAACCCAUGACCCCGAUCCGCAUUGCCCACAGCGACGUCAACAUAUCCGUUGAGCGGCGAAACAGGACAUCCAAAUCCAUGGGCCUGACAAUGGUUACAGCCGUCGCUCAUGUGUGGUUCAAUGUGUUUUUCGAGGGAAAUGGUCCAGAGAAGGAGGGCAAAGCAGACAGAAAUGGCGUGUUUGAAAUAGAAUGGGAGGCCAUGGACGGUAUUAGAGGAUCAAGCAGGAAAGGGACGAGAGCCUUUGAUCGCAUGUCGGUUGUAUGGCGAGUUGCAGACAGCGGUGAGGCUAAGGCAGAAGAAGAGGUCAUCGAGCCCAAAGAAGGCGAGCCGGUACCGCAAACCAAAGCUGCGGAUUGGAAAGGCGCAGAUAUCGCAAAGCCUCCAGAUGCCGAAAAGGAUCUCGGAUUGCGGAUGCAGAGUCCUCUCAGCGCAAAUGUGAGCAGGGCCAGCAGCAUCAGGAGUGCAGAGGGAACGGUGGAUGAGCAAGACCAAGGCCAAGGGUCCAAACGGGAUGAAUCGAGGGAAGGUCUAAAACGGAGUGGGCCGUCGGGCGAAGAUUUGGAUGAAGAAAGCAAAAAGGCUUAG